AUGAAUAGUGGAGAGAAGAGUUCAAGUUCAAGUUCAAGCAAUGGAGUUAAGAUCCGAAAGAGUAGGAGAUUGCCUGAUUUCUUACAUAGUGUCAACUUGAAGUAUGUAAAACUUGGUUAUCAUUAUUUAAUAAGUCAUCUUUUGACACUUUGUUUGGUCCCUCUAAUGGCUGUUAUUAUUGUUGAAGCAUCAAGGUUGAACCUUGAUGACAUCCACCAAUUAUGGCUUCAGCUUCAGUAUAAUCUUGUCAUUGUCAUUCUGUUCUCUGCUUUCAUUGUGUUUGGUUCAACCGUUUACAUCAUGAACCAACCAAGAUCCGUUUACUUGGUGGAUUACUCUUGUUAUCUCCCUCCUUCAAAUCUCAAAGCAAGCCACCAAAAGUUCAUGGAACAUUCCAUGCUGACGGGUGAUUUUGAUGAGUCUUCUUUGGAGUUUCAACGCAAGAUUUUGGAAAGAUCAGGGCUUGGAGAAGAGACUUGUGUGCCCGAAGCAAUGCAUUAUAUUCCUCCAAGACCAUCAAUGGCUGCCGCAAGAGAAGAGGCAGAGCAGGUGAUAUUUGGUGUAUUAGAUAAACUUUUUGCUAAUACUAAUGUUAGGCCAAGAGAUAUUGGAAUUCUUGUCGUUAAUUCCGGGGUGUUUAAUCCAACUCCUUCAUUAUCCGCCAUGAUUAUUAAUAAGUAUAAGUUGAGGUGUAAUAUUAGGAGUUUUAACCUUGGGGGUAUGGGAUGUAGUGCUGGGGUUAUAGCUGUUGAUCUUGCUAACGAUAUGUUGCAAGUUCAUAGAAAUAGUUAUGCUAUUGUUGUUAGUACUGAGAACAUUACACAGAGCUGGUAUUUUGGGAACAAGAAAUCAAUGUUAAUACCAAACUGUUUGUUUAGACUUGGGGGUACAGCAGUUUUGUUAUCAAAUAAAUCUGCAGAUCGAAGGAGAAGUAAGUAUAAGCUUGUUCAUGUGGUGAGGACACACUGUGGGUCCAAUGAUACGGCAUAUAAGUGUGUUUAUCAGGAAGAGGAUGAUGCUGGAAAAACUGGGGUUUCUUUGUCUAAGGAUUUGAUGGCAAUUGCUGGUGGUGCACUCAAGACUAACAUCACUACACUGGGUCCCCUGGUUCUUCCUAUAAGUGAGCAAAUUUUGUUCUUUGUAACAUUGGUUGCCAAGAAGUUGUUCAAUGAACAAAUCAAGCCUUAUAUCCCAGAUUUCAAGCUUGCUUUUGAUCAUUUCUGCAUUCACUCUGGGGGGAGGGCUGUGAUUGAUGAGCUUGAGAAGAAUUUGCAGCUUCUACCAGUACAUGCUGAGGCCUCUCGUAUGACGCUCCACCGGUUUGGUAACACCUCAUCGAGUUCAAUUUGGUAUGAGUUGGCCUAUACAGAGGCAAAGGACAGGAUGCGCAAGGGGAACCGUGUUUGGCAGAUUGCUUUUGGAAGUGGUUUCAAAUGUAACAGUGCAGUCUGGGUGGCCCUCCAGAAUGUGAAGCCCUCUCCUAAUAAUCCUUGGGAAGAUUGCAUUCACAGAUAUCCAGUGCAGCUUAAUCUGUAG